AUGAUUGAUAUCGGAUGGCCGUUCCCUACAUAUAUUGAUUAUUUCGGUCAAAAGACAGCUGAAAGACUAUUUCAAAUCGUUAUUAUUUUAUUUAGCAUUAUCGGUUUUAUUGCUGGUUAUUUAAUGCAACAAUUUAGUAUGACAAUUUACACUCUUCUUUUUGGAGUUUUUGUUUCAGCUUUACUAACAUUACCACCAUGGCCAAUGUAUCGAAAUAAUCCAAUUGAAUGGCAAAAAUCAUCGAAUUUAAGUAAAGAAAUUGAGAAUAAUUUGACGACAAAAUCGUCGAACAAGAUAUUCUGUUAG